UUUCUUUAUUUUUUUUUUCCGACGUCACAGCUCCCCUUUCCCUUCGUUGGCCGGCACCCAUGUUGAUUCGUUUCUUACGAGCUUACAGUGUGAGGCUUAUCUAAUUCAUCUUCUCGGUUGGAGAAGCUGCAGUAGACGAGCUUGUUGCAUACUGUUGGUUCACAUUCCUUUUAUUCUUUUUUUACCUUUACCUUCCUUUUUUCUCAUCCCCUUCCAACCCUUUCAUUCUUUGCAGUCACUGCCCAUUGCUGCCUUCCAUUCAUUACGGAGCAGGUCUCAUUCGUUUGCCAAAGACCUCCUAUUUGAUAUUGUAGGCUUUGGUGUUUAUUUUUUUUUCGUCGCGAGGGAAAGGAUCGAAGAAAAAGAGAACAACAACCACUGCUCAUCCAGAAGCAGUUGUCAGUCCUUACCCAUUUUCACCCGUGAUACCAACGAGUCUGCUCGUAGCAGACUACAUACAUAAUGCUUCCCCGAGUCUCACUCGUCCUAUUUGCCCUCUUGGCCACAGCGACUGCCUCGCCCGCACGAGCCGACAAGAGGAACCCGCCGCCGGCACCCGCACAGCCUGCCGAGUGCAAACCGACGACCAUCACCGAGCACGUCACGCAGACGCAGCACGUCACCAAGGAGGUGAACCACACGCUCCCGCCGCAGACGGUCGAGAAGACGCUGCCUCCGAAGACUGUGGAAAAGACACUGCCCCCGAAGACGGUCGAGAAGACGGUUGAGAAGACGGUCCACGUCACCCAGACCGCCACCAAGACGCUCCCGCCGCAGACGGUUCACGUCACCCAGACUGCCACCAAGACGGUCCACGUGACGCAGACCGCCACGAAGGAGGUCACCAAGGUGCAGACGAAGGAGGUUACCAAGACACUGCCGCCUCAAACGGUGCACGUGACCCAGACCGCCAUCAAGACGGUGGUCUCGACCAAGGUUGAAAAGAAGGAGGUCAUCAAGACGCUUCCUCCGUCGACCGUCGUCUCGACCAAGGAGGUUGUCAAGACCCUGCCUCCCCAGACGGUGCACGUCACGCAAACGCAGACCAAGGUCCAGACUAAGGAGGUGGUCAAGACGGUCGUCCAGACCCAGACCAAGGAGGUGGUCAAGACGGUGCCCGUCACCCAGGUCAAGGAGAAGAUCGUCACCCAGACCCGCGAGGUGCCCGUUACCAAGGUCCAGGAGAAGAUUGUUACGCAAACCAAGGAGGUGGUCAAGUCGAUCCCGGUUACCCAGGUCAAGGAGAAGAUCGUCACCCAGACUCGCGAUGUCGUCAAGACGGUUCACGUGACUCAGACCAAGGAGGUGGUCAAGACCGUCCCCGUUGUGCAGACCCAGGUCGUCAGCAAGGUCCUUACGCAGACCCAGACCCAGACCCGCGAUGUUGUCAAGACCGUCCCGGUGGUCUCGACCCAGGUCAAGGAGGUGGUCAAGACGGUCACCUCUACCCAGCAGGGACAGCCGGUGCAGGUUACCAAGGAGGUCGUCCGCACCGUCACGCAGGCCGUCACUCACGCUGUGAGCCAGACCCAGACCCAGACCAAGGAGGUCGUUCGCACCGUUACCGAGUCCGCCCAGGUCGCCCCUGCGCCCAUCGUCCCUCCCACCACUGUGACCAAGGAGAUGAUCCGCACCGUGACCCAGACUGGCGCACCGGUCACUGUUACGCAGACGCAAGCCGGCGCCCCUGUGACGGUUACUUACACUCAGGCCGGCGCUCCCGUCACUGUCACGCACGCAGUUACUCAGACUCAAGCCGGCGCCCCUGUGACGGUCACCUACACCCAGGCCGGCGCUCCCGUCACGAUCACGCAGGCCGUCACUCACGCCGUCACCGAGACCAAGGAGGUCAUCAAGACCAUCACCGAGUCUGCUCAGGUCGCCCCGGCACCGAUUGCCCCUCCCCAGACUGUUACCAAGGAGGUCCCCGUCCACGUUACCGUCACCCACCAGGGCCAGGCCGUCGAGAAGACGGUCACCAAGGAGCUUGUCAAGACGGUCACCGAGUCCGCCCAGGUUGCUCCCGCCCCGGUUGCGCCCCCGGCGACCGUCACCAAGGAGGUCCCCGUCCACGUCACCGUCACCCACCAGGCCCCGGGCAGCGAGAAGACGGUCACCAAGGAGGUUCCCGUGCAUGUGACCGUCACCCAGCACGGCCAGGCCGUCACCGUGACCUCGGUGCACCAGGUCGUCCACACCGUCACCCAGGGCGGCCAGAACCAGAUCCACACCGUCGUUCACACCGUCCAGGUCCCCGUCGUCCACACCAGCGUCGUCACCCAGCACGUCCCCGCCCCGGCCCAGACCGUCACCGUCACCGUCGGGGCCAGCCACAGUGCUCCCCCGUCGCACGCCAUGCCUCCUCCUCCUCCUCCCCCUCCCCACGUCGCGCCCCCCAAGGUCGUCAUGCCGCCCCAGCACCAGGCACCCCCGGCGCCUCCUGCUCACAUGCCGCCGCCCCCGGCCGCCGCACCACCUUCGCACAUGCCUCCCCCCGCUGCUGCGCCGCCUUCGCACAUGCCUCCUCCGGCCGCCGCACCGCCCGCCCAUAUGCCGCCGCCGCCGCCCGCUGCACACCCCAUGCCGCCCCCGGCUGGGGCACCCAUCAUGCCGCACGAGCCAGCCUCGCCUGCCGCAUCGUCGAUGCCGCACGCUUCGGCAGCACCCUCCGCCGCUCCAUCCUCGCCCGAGGCCGCACACUCCUCCGCCGCCGCACCGGCCGCGGAGCACACCCCCGCUCCGACAAAGAGGAUGGCCCGGAGGUAUUCGGCCUAA